AUGAUCUCCGAGGAAGUGCCCCUCUCGUGCGGCGAAUACACUGUCAGCAUGAUCCGUGGCGAGGCGCCCAAAAAGCCCAAUAUCGUCUACGUCACCGAACAGGCGCCCACUCCGAUUGGCUGCUACGUCUACGCUGUUCCUGGAAGAAACGAAGAUGUUCAUACUGCCGUGUUGCAGGCCUGUGCCGAUACGCUAGUGCACGACUUGGCUCAUAGACUCGUGCGUGUGCUUGUGAAAAAGAGCGGCUGCCCUAGUUUUGUGUGUGUAAGUGGAGCAGUCAGUGAGAUGGACCAGAUGGAGUUGAUGGGACGUGUUGUCGCCAUGGCGAAGGCGGCAUAG